CGCUGUUCCUGCUCGUGCCCUCGCGCCAGGAGGGGUACAUCUCAGACGACCACGACGUGUUCGCUGCUGAAAUCAAAGUUGGUUUCACUUUGGAAAAGCCAGUGUCAUUCCUUACUUCUCACAUAGACAAACUAGGGAAUGCCAUAUUUGAAGAGAUUGGUGUACCUAAUAGCAAGGUAUCAUCGUUUCAAUGCACCCAUUAGCUUUUAAAUACUCCACACAUGUUGUUUUUGGUGUUCUUCCUUAUCCAAAAGAUGCUUCAAUAAGUUUGCCAGCUCUAAGUGUGUUGAGAUCAUCCUUAAUAGAGAUGAUUCUCCAGCAAGUGAACCUAUCCUUGACACCACUUUUUGGGCAUCCAUGUUGUUUCGAGCUGUUGAGAUUUCCUGGAGGAGUUACAGUCAUUCCUGCAGUGUCUGGUUUUACAUGGGCAAACACAGACCCCCUAUUCGACUUUGUGUUGAACAACUCCAUUUUAUCAGAUUUUGGGUAAUCUUACAGAGCUCAAGGAUCAGCUGAAACUUGGAUUGAACUUAAGGUCAUAUGAGGUAUUAAUGGUUUUGUUUCUUCU